CACUGGCUCGCACUCGCACUCUCGCACACACUCCCGAGUCCCGACCACCGUCGUCGUCGUCAUCAUGCCACCGCACCGCCCCCUCCUCUCCCUCCUCCUCCUCCUCGCCGCCGCCGUCGCGCCCACGUGGUCCAAGUCGACGCUCGAGUCCUGCUCCUCUUCCACCGCCUGCCCCGCGCAGCUCUCCUACACGCUCUACGCCGACCUCAAGCUCGCCGAGCUGGCCGCGCUCUUCUCCGCCGACCCGCUCGCCAUCCUCGCCGCCAACUCCAUCGACUUCGCCGUGCCCGACCCCGCCGACCGCAUCCUCCCCGCGGGGCUCACGCUCCGCGUCCCCGUCCCUUGCGCCUGCUCCGACGGCAUCCGCAGGGUCACCUCCGUCCGCUACGUCUCCCGCCCGGGGGACACGCUCGCCUCCGUCGCCUCCUCCGUCUACGGCGGCCUCACCACCCCGGACUGGAUCAGCGACUCGAACGGCAUCCUCGACGCCAAGCCCGAAGCCGUCGUCGAUGCGGGGACCACGCUGUUCGUGCCGCUCCACUGCGCCUGCUUCGGCGGCGUCGACAAUGGCCUGCCCGCGGUGUACCUGACGUACGUGGCCGGGAAGGGGGACACCGUCGCCGCCGUCGCGCAGAGGUACCGGACCACGGCCACCGACCUCAUGAGCGUCAACGACAUGGCCACCGCCGACCUCGCCGCCGGGGACAUCAUCGUCGUCCCGCUGCCCGCGUGCAGAUCAUCAUUCCCAGCGUUCACGGCAGACUACGGCCUGGCCGUGGCGAACGGGACCUACGCUGUUACUGCCAACCGGUGUGUCCAGUGCAGCUGUGGUCCGGGCAACCUGGACUUGUUCUGCGUGCCGGCGCCGCUCGCGGACUCGACGUGCUCCAGCAUGCAGUGCGCCAACAGCAGCAUGAUGCUCGGCAACUUCACCCUCCUGAUGACCAGCUCCGGCUGCAGCGUCACGUCCUGCAGCUACGGCGGAUUCGUGAACGGCACAAUUCUCACCACGUUAACCACGGCGCUUAAGCCUCAAUGCCCAGCCCCACAUCAGUAUCCUCCGCUGAUUCCGCCGCCGACGUCGUCCUUCUUCGAGACGUACCUCGGCCCGUCACCGACGCCAAUGGCAUCCGAAGGAGGCGUCGAUCCGAUGAUGGUUGGCAUGGCUCCAACAAGCACCCCGUCGGCGAGCUCCGGCCCUCCUCCGGCGGCCCGGUACGUCGUCGGCGACGCUCUUGGAGCGCUAGCUCUCUGCCUCGUCGCCAACCUGCUGUGGUAACAGAGCAAACUCUCGGUUGAUACGUACUCCAUUUUUUGUACAUAAGGUGCUCUCGGUUGUGUCGCGCCGAAAUUGUUUUUGCGUUCAUUCGAUUUGUCUGUCAUCCACUCCUGUAAAGUCGCAAACACAAGCGCAGAUUUCUCCUGUGCAGUUGUAUUGUUCCUGAUCUUGUUAUGAGUUGCGAGUAAUAUGGUUUCUUUGGCCGUGUUGUUUUGAGAGAG